AUGACCAUGUCGGACGUAGAAGACGACAGCUUUUACGUCACACGUGAAGACUACUCCCAUCCGAGUGACUCAGAAUGGGAGGUAGUCGGCCGCAUGAGUGUGAUCAUGGGCGAACCCGCCAUCAGUGGGACGUUGGGCUCUCUAAGCAGAGGCCAACAGCAUGCUGCUAUCAACAAGUUCCUACACAAGGAACUUGCCAUCAAAAGACGGAAGAUAGCCUUGCUACAACAGCAAGGCUCUCAUCAGUAG